AUGGCUGCCUUGAAGAAUUUCCUCGUCCUCAUUCCCCUAAUACUCUCCUUGGUCGCCUUUGUCCUGACAAACCUGGCGCUGUUUGCUGGCCACCAGCAGGGAUUCAUGGAAGACUAUGCUGUCAUUAGGCUCAAUACAUCCGAGCUUGGCCAAAACAUCUUCAAAAAUGCCAAAUCGAGCAGCAGCAGUGACGACGACGACGACGACGAUGAUGAUGACAGUAUCUUCGACAAGAUCAAAGGCAAGGUCCACGACCUUACGGACAAGGGCAAAGACAAGCUCAACGAUAUCGCCGGCGACAUCAUCGGAGACAUUGCCGACGACCUCGGCAUCAGCCAGUGGUACUCUGUUCAUAUCAUGAAUGCUUGCCAAGGUGAAUUCGGAGCCAAUGCAACGACUGCUCAUUUCAAGCUCAACACGACCAACUGCACUCAUUCAUCUCCCUCCAACCGAUUCAACCUCACGGAGAUACUGGAUCAGGAGCUCUCCAUCGGGCCUCUUGACAUCAGCCUCGCAGACAUUGACUGGCCCGACUCUAUCGAAGACAAGAUCAGCGAUCUCAACAACGCUUUACUCGCCCUCUUCAUCUUCUUCGUUCUGGGCGUCGGCUUCAGCGGUCUCUCCAUGCUAGCAUGCAUCCCGGCAUUCCUCCUCGGAGACAAGAAGAUCAUCCUAUUCAUAAACACGGCUCUCGCAUCGCUUGCUGCCGCUACCAUCACGCUCGGCAGCAUCGUCGUCACGGCGGCAUCUUCCAUCGCCGUCAAUGCCAUCAACAAGGCUGGCGAAAAGAUUACUCUGGUGGCUACCAAAGGCACAAAGUUCUACAUCAUCUCUUGGAUCGCUGCCAUAUUCAUGAUCAUUACGAGCUUGUUCUGGAUAGGCAAAUUUGCGAUGCUGUGGAAAAAGGAAAAGAGAGAUCGCGAGCGCUACUCCAAGGAGAGGUUCUAA